AUGAGGCACUCCUUCAUCGCCCGUGUUGCGACAGCAGUUCUUGCCUCCAGCGGUUUCGCCAACGCCGUCUACUCCAUCGCCUCCGAUGAUGACAUCAGGUCAGCAGGCAAGGACCUCGCGUACGAUCUCAUGAAGUUCUACGAUGGCAACCUGACGGGCCACACGCCCGGUAUCUUGCCUGGCCCUCCGCCCGCUGGUGAUUACUACUGGUGGGAGGCCGGUGCCAUGUGGGGAACCAUGAUUGAUUACUGGCACUUGACCGGCGAUUCCACCUAUAACGACGUCGUCAUGCAAGCCAUGCUGCAUCAGGUCGGGCCCAACCGCGAUUACAUGCCGCCCAACUACACGGCCUCGCUGGGUAACGAUGACCAAGGUUUCUGGGGCAUGUCCGCCAUGACCGCCGCCGAGGACGGCUUCCCGAACCCGCCUGAAGACCAGGCCCAAUGGCUUGCCCUGGCCCAAGCCGUCUUCAACACCAUGGCCAGCCCGGAUAGACAUGACAAUACGUGUGGAGGCGGUCUCCGUUGGCAGAUUCCCUUUUCCAAUAACGGAUACAACUACAAGAACAGCAUUGCAAACGGCUGCUUCUUCAAUAUUGGCGCCAGACUCGCUCGCUACACCAAGAACCAGACCUAUGCUGACUGGGCCGAGAAGACUUGGGACUGGAUGACGAGUGUGGGAUUCAUGGACGCCGACUAUAACAUCUACGACGGUGGUCAUGUCGAGCAGAACUGCACCGACAUCAACAAGGCCCAGUUCUCUUACAACAACGGUGUUUUCCUCCUCGGCGCCGCCAUGAUGUACAACUACACGGACGGCUCUGAUAAAUGGAAGACACGCCUUGACGGGCUUCUCAAGGCCACCUUCAGCUUGUUCUUUCCGAACAACAUUGCUGUUGAGGUUGCUUGCGAGGAGCACAACACUUGCACCACUGACAUGUUGAGUUUCAAAGGCUACGUUGCUCGGUGGGUGUCAAUCGUGACCCAGGUCGCACCCUAUACCGCCCCGACGGUGCUACCGAUCCUCAGGACCUCGGCGGAAGCUGCUGCCAAGCAGUGUACAGGGCAGGCCAACCAGCGAACGUGUGGCUUCAAAUGGAGUUCAGGCGUCUACGAUGGCACUAUUGGAGUCGGCCAGCAGAUGGACGUCCUAGCUGCGGUAUCCUCCCUCCUCAUCAGCCAGGCCAAGCCCCCAUUGACGAAUACCACGGGCGGUAUCUCCAAGGGAGAUCCCAACGCCGGAAGCCACUCGGACAACCUGCUAGGAGAGGAGACCCCAAUAACAACGGCAGAUAAGGCCGGCGCCGGCAUUCUCACCUUUUUGGUGCUCGCAUCUGCCGCCGGCACCUUUGGUUGGAUGAGUUUCGGGGCCUGA